AUGGAUCACCUUGGCACUGAGUUUGCAAUGAAGGAUCUGGGCUCCUUGAAUUAUUUUCUAGGCAUUCGUGUAACUAAACACAAAGGCGGUUUGUUUCUAUCACAGCGCAAAUAUGCCAAGGAAAUUAUUGAACGUGCUGGUAUGGGUUCGUGUAAACCGAGUUUGAGUCCAGUAGACACUAAGUCGAAGGUGAGUGCUACAACGGGGGGUCCAUAUGCGGAUCCAACAAAGUAUCGCAGUCUUGUUGGUGCCCUGCAAUAUCUCACCUUUACUAGGCCGGAUAUCUCGUAUGCAGCUCAACAGAUUUGCCUGCACAUGCAUGACCCUAGAGACGCACAUAUGAAUGCUCUCAAACGUAUCAUACGCUAUGUUCAAGGUACUCUCCAUCUUGGCUUACACCUUUAUCCUUCCUCGAUUGCAAAUAUUGUCUCUUAUACUGAUGCGGAUUGGGGAGGGUCAUCUGAUACGAGACGAUCCACAUCGGGAUACUGUGUUUAUUUGGGUGACAAUCUGAUCUCGUGGUCGUCCAAACGUCAACCUACCUUAUCUCGAUCCAAUGCCGAGGCCGAGUAUAGAGGGGUGGAUAAUGUUGUUUCGGAGUCCUGUUGGAUUCGGAAUCUACUACUAGAACUACAUUGUCCUGUUCGGAAAGCUACAAUGGUUUAUUGCGACAAUAUAAGUGCCAUUUAUCUUUUCGGGAAUCGUGUUCAACACCAGCGCACUAAACACAUUGAAAUAGAUAUUCACUUUGUUAGAGAAAAAGUUGCACGAGGUGAAGUACGAGUUCGACAUGUGCCUUCACGUUAUCAGAUUGCAGAUAUUUUCACUAAAGGGUUGCCCCUUAUUUUAUUUGCGGACUUCCGGACCAGUCUCAAUGUUCGUGAUCCUCCCGUUUCGACUGCGGGGGUGUGA